AUGUUCCCCCGGCCGCCUCCCCUCUCCUGCGACACCUUCGUGGCGCUACCGCCCGCCGCGCCCGGCGGCCGCGUGGUGUUCGGGAAGAACUCGGACCGGCCUGCGGACGAGGUGCAGGAGGUCGUGCACUUCCCGGCCGCCGCGCACCCGCCCGGCGCCGCGCUGCAGUGCACCUACAUCAGCGUCGAGCAGGUGGAGAGGACCCACGCCGUGGUGCUGAGCCGCCCCUCCUGGCUCUGGGGCGCCGAGAUGGGCGCCAACGAGCACGGCGUGUGCAUCGGCAACGAGGCGGUCUGGGGCAGGGAAGAGGUCUGCGAUGGGGAAGCUCUCCUCGGCAUGGACCUCGUAAGGCUUGGACUUGAGAGAGCAGACACAGCUGAAAAGGCUCUUAGUGUCAUAGUUGAUUUACUGGAAAAAUAUGGACAGGGAGGAAACUGUAUGGAGAGCACCAUGGUAUUUACAUACCACAACAGUUUUCUGAUAGCUGACAGAAAGGAAGCAUGGGUGCUGGAGACAUCAGGAAAAUACUGGGCAGCAGAAAAAGUAGAAGGAGGUGUACGGAAUAUUUCUAAUCAGCUCUCUAUCACAACCAAGAUUGACAGAGAACACCCAGAAUUGAAGGAAUAUGCCAAAAGCAAUGGCUGGUGGGAUGGGGAAAAGGAAUUUGAUUUUGCUGCCACAUAUUCUUAUGUCAAUACUGCCAGAAUGACCACAUCUGGAGGCCGAUAUUGUGAAGGCUAUAAACUUCUAAACAAACACAAAGGAUCUAUCACUUCUGAAAUAAUGAUGGAAAUUCUUCGUGACAAAGAGAGUGGCAUUAACAUGGAAGGUGGAUUUAUGACAACUGGCAGCAUGGUGUCUGUGCUGCCUCAGCAGCCUAAUCUACCCUGUAUUCACUUCUUUACUGGAACUCCAGAUCCUGCCAGAUCUGUAUUCAAGCCUUUCAUUUUUGUGCCCGGUGUUACUCAGUUAUUAAAAACUACAUCCCCUACAUUUGGUCAUGAUGAUCCAGUUAAGAAGCAACCACGUUUUCAGAGUAAGCCAGAUCGAAGACAUGAGCUCUAUAAAAAACAUGAAAGUGCUGCUGUAGUUAUGGAAACUAACAAGGACAAAGGUAAAGAAAUGCUCAAAGAGAUACAGGAGUUGGAGAAACAGAAGAUAAGUCAAAUGGAAUCAAUCCUGCAAAAUGGAUGCCUUGAUACUAAACAAGUAGUUAAUCUUUUUUCACAGUGUGUAGAAGAAGAACUCAAAAUAUAUGGCUAAGAAUAUUAUGUGAAUGUGGUAAAAUUUGGAUUAUAAUUGGGUUUUCUAACAAAGAGGCUAUAUAGAUGAACAUCCUGUUUUCAGUAUAUCACAUAGCAUGGACAGUUUUAAAGAUGCAGAUUCAUAUUCAGGACAAAUGGCUUUUGAAUAUAAGAAAAAUGCUGGAAAGGUUUCUAAGAGCCAGGCAGUGGCAUUGUACAUGGCACAAAGCUGUCAGCAGAGAUUGAUUUUGCCAACAAACAGAUGCAAUUAGAAUGCAAUAGCUUGACUAAAUUAGUGAACAGCCCAUCUCUGAAUGAAGAACACUAACUCAGCUCUGGAGAACCCAGUUCUAGCCUACACACAUGUAGCUUUUAUAGUCAGGAGAAUUGUAGCAGAAUUUUAGACUACCUGAGUUAAAAUGGCCAUGCUGAAGAAUUUCUAAAAUGUAGAAGCUAUGAUGAACCCCAAAGAAAAAAAAAGUGACGCACAAACCAAGGAAGAUUGAUACUCAGUUGUUUGGUAAAACCCUUCUAAGAUAACAUUUCCUAUACGAACCUUCUUCUCCUUCAAUGUAAAAUGAGGCUAAGAGUUCAAGGUGUAUUAAAAACAAAUCAAAGUUACAAUAAUAAUAUCUUGCUGUGAGUGAUUGUGAAAUCUUAUUACAUGGAAUUCAGCAAUGCAAACAUCCUGUAAGGUCCCUGUAGAUUUCACUUCCCUGUCUACUUUUCCCACCCUGAUAGUGAAAAAUAAACUUAUUUAUAUACAAAA